AUGGCCCAAAUCACCAUUGUUGGAGCCGGCAUCGUGGGCAUGGCCACGGCCUCCAUGCUGUCGCGGCACCACAAGGUCACGAUCGUUGCCAGGAAUCUCCCCGGAGACAAGCCGUCGAUCGAAUGGGCGAGUCCCUGGGCGGGCGUGAGCUUCAUUGCAGGCGGCUGCUCGUCCCCUGUAGAAGCCAAGAUGCAGCUCGAUGCGUUUGCGGAAUUGUGGCGGUGGAGCGAUGCCCACCCUGAGUCGAGCAUUAAGAAGAUUCCCAUUGAGGACUUUCACGACGAUAAGACAGAGGAUGAUAUCUGGUGGAAGGAUUAUAUGCCCGAUGUUAGUUCUGAAGCAUUAUAUUUUCGCUUCCUCCCACCUGAGAGUCUACCAAACGGCGCCAAACUCGGAACAGCAUACACAAGCCUAAUCCUCAACCCAGACAUAUUCCUCCUCUGGCUCCGCCAGCGCCUCGAAAGCACGGGUGUACAAUUCAAGCGCAUGACGCUGAACUCCCUAUCUGAAGCCCACUCUCUAGGCCACGACGUGCUCAUAAACGCCACGGGGUUUGGAUCGCUAACUCUAAACGACGUGCGUGACCAGAACGUGGAGCUGAUUCGCGGCCAGACCAUGCUUGUCAAGAGCGACUACGACAAGUUAUUUAUGCGUGAUACUGGCGAUACUUAUACAUAUGUGAUACCGCGCCUAGACGGGACUGCUGUUCUUGGAGGGACAAGACAUAAGGGUUCUGUUGAUCCAAACCCGGAUUGGGAUCUGUGCCAGGAUAUCGUGAACAGGAUCAACAAGAAUCUACCUAACCAUUUCUCAAAUAAUCUACAAGACUACCAAAUUGUCAGACACAACGUAGGCAUACGGCCGUCCCGGGUCAACGGGGUACGAGUCGAGCGAGAAAUCAAGGACGGGCAGGUGAUUGUUCACGCGUACGGUGUCGCCGGUGGAGGCUACAUCUUCAGCUUCGGGAUUGCGCGUGCUGCAAGGGACCUUGUUGAGGGCUAUCUCUUUCCUCACCACCCUGCGAAGCUGUAG